AUUUGCAGAAUGGGCGAAAAGUUUGGGUGGUAUUUAUGGUGUAAACAUGGGCCAACAAUAUUGGAUCAUAUUAACUAGCGAUAAAGUUGUUGGUGACCUUUUACAAAAGCGUGGUGGAAAGUAUUCAACCCGUAUGUCAAGUUAUUAUCUUCAUGAUAUAUAUACUAGAAGCAAAGGUUAUUUUGGUUGCCCAUAUAAUGAAAGGUUUAGGAUGCUUACACCUAUUUUGCAUGGAGCUGUGGGUCAGCGCAGUGUAAAAGAAAAUUCUGAUUUACUCACUAAUGAAUUUUGUUUACUUAUGCAAAAUAUUUGUAAAACUUCAACCAAUGCAAAAGAUGGUUUUUAUCCUAAACAAUGUUUUCAGCUCGCAAGUUUAAACAUUAUAACCAGUUUAUGUUUAAACAAGCGCACAGAAACUGUUAAUGAUCCAUAUUAUACUGAAUUUGAAGCAGUAAUGGGAGAACAUGUGGUUCUUGGUAGCAUUACAAAUAGAUUAUCAGAAUUUUUUCCCAUAGUGAAAUUGUUUCCAAACACUAGUUUUAUUAAGAAAUUAAUAGCAAGUAGAACAAAAGUUGAAGCUUUUUACAGCAAAAUGAUCAAAGAAGUUGAAGAUGAUAAAGAGAAGAAGCCUUGCAUUAUUAGAAAUUUUCUUAAUAAAAAGGAAGAAGGAAUCCUUGAUGAGCUAGAUAUUAUUUAUUUAUUAGAUGCGGUCUUUGCAGCUGGAACU